CUUCUUCUCCGGGCCAGUCCAGUCCGUGGUCUUGGGUAAAGGAAUCUCGGCACUCUUCCAGUAACAUCAGCCGGGACGUCGUGACGUGUUUUAUGCCAGGUGCUCAUUAAGAGGGACGAGUGGUUUCUCUGACGCGUGUCUCCGUCCUCUGACGGCAUCUGCCGUCUUUAUAAGCCUCCGCAAGUCACCCGAGAGACCCCCAACGCCGUUUCACUUCACUGUUCCUCGCGGUGCAAAGAGGGACGCGGAUUUCAAUGAACCUAAAACUGUGAUGCUCAGUUUUUUUGCUCAGCUGCUCACACGCAUGACUCUGGAAAUACUUUUGGUCUUCAUGCCCUCCCGUUCCUAGCAGAGGACCACUGCGACAAUGACCAUCCAUGUAGAGGGGCUUGUGGCUAUCGCGAUCUUCUAUCUGCUCAUCCUGGUCGUGGGCAUCUGGGCGGCAUGGAAGAACAAGCACUCCGGGGAGGCGGAGGGCACCGACCGCAGCGAAACCAUCAUGGUCGGAGGGAGAGACAUUGGGCUGUUUGUCGGUGGAUUCACAAUGACAGCGACCUGGGUGGGUGGAGGGUACAUCAACGGCACCGCUGAGUACGUGUAUCUACCGGGCUAUGGGUUGGCUUGGGCUCAAGCCCCAUUUGGAUAUGCCCUUAGUCUGGUUGUGGGUGGUCUUUUUUUUGCUAAGCCCAUGCGCUCACGGGGUUACGUCACCAUGUUGGACCCUUUCCAGCAACUGUAUGGGAAACGUAUGGGUGGUCUUCUUUUCAUACCUGCACUCAUGGGUGAGAUCUUUUGGUCUGCUGCCAUCCUGUCCGCCCUCGGUGCUACUCUGAGUGUCAUUGUGGACAUCAACAUCAAGAUGUCAGUAGUUAUCUCUGCACUCAUUGCAAUCUUCUACACCCUGGUCGGAGGACUGUACUCUGUGGCCUACACAGACGUGGUGCAGCUGUUUUGCAUCUUUAUUGGCCUGUGGAUCAGCGUCCCUUUUGCUUUGACUAAUGCUGCGGUGGCAGACAUCACUGUGACUGCAGCGAACAAUGUCUAUCAGUCGCCCUGGAGAGGCAGCGUGAAAAAGGAAGACACCUGGAUCUGGAUCGACAACUUCUGUCUUCUGAUGCUGGGAGGAAUACCAUGGCAAGUGUACUUCCAAAGAGUGUUAUCAGCCUCCUCCGCCACCUACGCACAGGUCCUCUCCUUCUUGGCCGCGUUUGGAUGCCUCGUCAUGGCCGUGCCCUCCGUUCUCAUCGGAGCCAUCGGAGCCUCAACAGACUGGAACCAGACAAGUUAUGGAGGGAUUUCUCCUAAAGACAAGGAGGAAGCAGACAUGAUUCUCCCUAUCGUACUCCAGCACCUCUGUCCACCAUUUGUUUCUUUCUUUGGUCUGGGGGCUGUGUCUGCUGCUGUCAUGUCCUCUGCAGACUCCUCCAUCCUGUCAGCAAGCUCCAUGUUUGCAAGAAACAUUUACCAGCUGGCCUUCAGACAGUCAGCAUCUGACCGUGAAAUCGUGUGGGUGAUGCGAAUCACAAUCUUUGUAUUUGGUGGACUUGCCACCCUGAUGGCCCUGGUUACUGGCACGGUUUACGGCCUCUGGUACCUGAGCUCAGAUCUGGUUUAUGUCAUCAUCUUCCCGCAGCUACUCAGUGUGCUCUUCGUCAAAGGUACCAACACGUACGGCUCGGUGGCUGCGUACCUCUUUGGCCUGGUGCUGCGUAUAGGCGGAGGAGAACCCUACCUGCAGCUUCCUCCUUUCAUUUAUUACCCAGGCUGGACGACCGAGCAGCGGAAGCACCACAUUACUGGGGAGAUGGAGGAAAUCGUCAUACAGAAGUUCCCCUUUAAGACCGUGUCCAUGUUGGCCUCCUUCGUGGGUAACUUUGCUUUCUCCUACCUGGCGAAGUACUUGUUCGAGAGCGGAAAGAUCUCACACAAAUACGACUUUCUGGAUGCUGUGGUGUCGAGCCGCAGCGGGGAAAUAAUGGAUAAAACUACUCUCGUAACCCGAGGCAACAACAUCGGGCUGUCGGAGUUGGCGCCAGUCAAACCGCGGCUGAGCGUGACCUUGGCAGCCGCGUUCACUCGCCGUGACACGCUGCCAGAGGAAACGGUGGAGGAAGAAGAGGAGGAGUCCAGCCCUGACUCCUCACACAAUGAAGAAUGACAAAACUAGGCUUUAACAAAAAUUUAAGAGGAGAAAUAAACACGGAAUACCUGACUGAGCUGGCAGGGGGCCAAGAGACAACAAGCAUAUAUCCUCCCUCUGGACUUUAAAGUUCUCGGACAUCACAGCUAAUUGGAAAAGAGCCACAUGUCCGGAUAAAAGAUUAAUUAUAGCAGCUUGCUGGUUAUCAAGACAUGAUGCUGUCCUUCAUGACAUAAAGCAACACACUUCUACUUAUUUAAAUAUAUACGCUGAGAGCACUUAUACACCGUCCUUUUGCAUACUCAUUCAUUUUUUAACUGGGUUAGAGGUAUAUGUGAAAUCUAAGUCAUUCAAUUUUUCAGCACUGAAGUAAAAAGCCUAUUGAUGAAGUUCUACAGGUUUUGUUUAUCAUCCAAAAACGUGCCAAACAAUUGACUGGCACUUUGCAGGAAUUGACCGCACAACCACUGUUUGAAAGGGAACCAAUAAUUUAAAAGCAAUAAGAUAUACAGUUUCACACAUAUGCAGCAAUCGCGAUGUAAUCUCAUAGUGACAGUAGCGGUAGAGUAGCUCAGCUAAAGGAAAUCAAGGGAAAUCGCAUUCAUUCCUUAUUGUGUCACAUCCAGCAGGUCACAUUGAAAUCUAAAGCUUAUGAUUAAAAAGGCAUAGACAAACCAACAUGUUUCCUAUUGGUAUUUUAUACUCUUACUGAUAAAGAUAUACAAGCUGUGAUUUAAAAAAAAUACAUAAAAAAAUGCAAUCUGUGAAAAUAUCCAAGCUGAAAUUAUUGUAGUUGACUUAAGCAUUUGCUUUUGAUCGCAAAAAUGUUGGGCGUAGAAGCAGCAUUAGCCAGAUAAAAAGAAUGAGUUAGUAUUUUAAAUGAACUUGUAUUCAACUGCCUUAAAGAUGCAUAUAAGAUAAAUGUUUUACUUUCAACGUUCUGACCAGGAUUCUGUGCGACUGGAAUAAGAAAGACUUUACAAUGAAUGUAUAAUCCACAGAAAAUCUGGCUAAAAUUUAAUUGGUUACUUCUUCUUUUUCAUGUUGUGUUUACAGGCUCUAACUUACUUUCUGCCAGUUGUUUUUACAACAGCAGUGAAUAGAUUAUUUUCUUGUGACGUGUAUAUUUGUAUACAUGCUGUGUAAGGAUAAAACAUAUAUAAGGAUAACAGAUAUUGCUGGUUACAAUUAUCCAUAUGCGAUAAAAAAAACAUACAGUAUAAAUGUUUAUUUAUUUUUGAUGUCAUAAAAAACAAUAAAAAGUGAAAAGAGUGAAGAUAAUGACAAGAUAUGUGUACAAAAGCAAAUUCAUUGUAGCUGUUGUUGGUUUAUGAUUAAAAACAAACCAGGAACACUGAUCUAAUA